CAAACCACCACCAUUUUCAUUUUCAUUUCAACAAAUUCCUCAAUUAUUCCUUCACAAACUGAAACCAUCUUUGCAUGAUUGAUUUGAUACUAACUUAGUGGUUGCUAAUUUGCAAUGGUGGAAAUAUGUUUCGGAGCCGUGAGUGAAAAUGAUCCGUCCGCUUCAAGCGCGUCAAGUUCACGCGCAACAACAGAAGCGGACGGAAACCAAACACUCAAAUUUAUAGCCGGAGGACGCAACGUUUACAAAGAUAACGCGUUCAAAAAAGCGAGACUGACAAUCUCAUCGGCUUCGGCCGCAGUGGAUAAUCGAAGAUAUACAAAACUUGUGUCGGAUGAUGAUAGAAGCGAUGUUGUUGUAAGAGAUAAUCUAGCUAUUGCAAAUUCGUGUGGUUCGGGUGUUGAUAGGUUUGUUCCUGCUCAAUCAAGCCCUAGAUAUGGAGUUGCGUCGAUGUGUGGACGGCGGAGAGAUAUGGAAGACGCGGUGGCCGUUCAUCCAUCGUUUAUUGAUACAGACCAUCACCAGACAUCUAAUACGCAUUAUUUUGGUGUGUUUGAUGGUCAUGGUUGUUCUCACGUUGCAAGGAUGUGCAAGAAUCGGUUACAUAUGUUGGUGAGGGAAGAAUUGAAGAAGAAUGAGUGGAAGAAGACGAUGGAGCAAAGCUUUCGUCGAAUGGAUGAGGAAGCGAUGCUCUGGAACGAACAAGUUACAAAAGGUGUGUGUCGGUGUGAGCUUCAUGGACCUGAGUCGUAUGGGGUUGGGUCUACGGCGGUGGUUGCGGUUGUGACUCCUGAUAAGAUCAUAGUUGCAAAUUGUGGUGAUUCAAGAGCUGUACUUUGUAGGAAGGGAAAAGCAGUGCCUUUAUCAAAUGAUCACAAGCCUGAUCGUCCUGAUGAACUCAAGCGGAUUGAAGAUGCCGGCGGGAGAGUUUUAUACUGGGAUGGCGCUAGAGUUAGCGGUGUUCUCGCAAUGUCUAGAGCUAUUGGUGAUAAUUAUUUGAAACCUUAUGUGACUUGCGAGCCAGAGGUGACGAUCACUGAACGAACGGUAGAGGACGACUGUUUGAUACUUGCAAGUGACGGAUUGUGGGACGUGGUAUCCAAUGACACCGCGUGUGGACUGGCGAGGAUGUGUCUGAAAGGAAAAAGACCGUCUGCGGAGAUGAAGAGUCCCCCUGUUAUUGACGAAUCCGAGUACCAGAAUUGUGACCCGACAUGUUCUAACGCAUCAUUGUUGUUAACCAAGUUGGCUUUGGCAAGACGGAGUGCAGACAAUGUUAGUGUUGUUGUUAUAGGUCUAAGGAAAAAUGGGUCCUUAUAAGCAGGGGCGGACCUAGAGUGAUAGAAGAGGUAACCUCUGUUGCCCCUUAACGCUCUGACGGUAGUGUAAAUUUUGGAAAAAUUUGACGUUUUUUCGAUUUCGUUACCCUUUUUUAUCAACGUUACACCUAUAUGGAUUUUCUAGAUCCGCCACUGCUUAUAAGAGACAAUCUUUUAUCAACUUCUCUCUUAUUUUUGGGAAGUUAAGAGCAUGUCAUGUAUUUCUUUGUAUUAAAAAUAAGGACCAAUGACUUAUACAA